AUGGCUACCGUCACGUUGGUCGAGGAAGUGCCGGAAGUCGAGAAAGCAAAACGAACACGCAGAACGCACAACAAAGUCCGAACAGGAUGCCUGACUUGCAAGAUCCGGCGGAAGAAGUGCGACGAGGAAAAGCCCUUCUGCCGCAGAUGUACCUCGACAGGCCGUAAAUGCGAUGGCUACGCCCAAGAGCCAUCACCGCCAACCUCUCACGAAGACUCUCCCACGAGUACAUGUGAACCAGAUCCCAAGCGGCAGAGGACGAGCAUAAAUACCAAAGUAGCCAUUCCGUCUCUGUCUAAACCUACUAAAGCACGAGUUGUCGUCGACGAAGAGCGCUCUGUGCUGUCCCGGCCGCCUUCAAACGUUAUGUUCGAGAACGACAAUGACUUCUUCUGUUUCGACUUCUUCCGAUCGAGAACAGGCCCCGAAUUCGCCGCGUAUUUCGACAGCUCGAUAUGGCGAACAUAUGUCACCAAAGCCGCUUUCCAGCAUCCGACCGUUCUAGCAGCCGCUUCCGCAGUGGGUGCUGUCCAUCGCAGAUUUGAAUUAGGCAUUUCCCGAGAAGCAUUUGAGUACUGCGACUUCUCUGACAAACUAUACCAAAAGGCACUACGGAUGCUAUCGCGCGACAUGGCUUCUGAAGUCCCCAACGCUGCCGAGAUCAACAUGGUAACAUUGAAACUGUUCAGUCUCUUCGAGACAUUCCAGGGCAACUACGACACCGCGCAGCUACACUUGACCAACGGCCUCAAGGGCCUCUUGAGACGGAACAUGCGCACCACGUACAAAGACACGCAGUACCGCACAGUCGACCUCAACUACGAGAGCCUGCGGCGGCUCUUUCUCAAGCUCGAACUGGAAUCCGUACGGCUAUUCGGCGGCCUCGCAACGAUCCUCAGCGAUCCAGAAGAUGCCGUCCCCCCGCCGUCCCUCGACCCGUUCGAUCCAGAGUCGCUCGCGUACCUCCCCGACCCGAACCCAUAUACGAUCCCGCGAGGAUUCACCUCACUUUCGCAAGCCCGCGACGUUCUGUUCACCGAAACGAAAUGGAUCUGGCACACCUGGACGCUGCUCGAGCAGGGCGACCUGACUGGCACAGGCUUCUCGCGGCACCACGCCCACAUCUCGCGGCUGCUGCAGUGGUCGAUGGCGUAUGCCGAGUUCUCCAAGACGGAGCGCAACCGGCGCGAGUCCAGCGCGCAGGAGAAGCAUGCGGGCCACCUACUCAAGGCGUACCGCGAGGCGUCAUACCUAUUGCUCCUCACGCAGAUGGCCUUCCACUCACCCGAGACGGGCGAGGUAAUCGUGCCGCUCUGCGACCCGCCCGAGACGUGCAACUGCCACCGGUCGUGCCGGACGUACGCGGAGCGCCGGGAGGCGCUCAACGCACACUUUGCCCGCAUCCUGGUUCUGUGCGAGAGUAUCUUCAACCGCGGAUCCUUCUUCGCGUACGAGGAGCAUAGUAUCAGCGUUGACUCGGGCAUCGGCCCACCCCUGUACCUCGGCAGCGCGCGCUGCCGCUCCACAAAGGUCCGCCACCAGGUCACCAGUCUGCUGGAGGAGAGCGAGAUCCAGAAACGCGUCUGGGACAAGCUGGGCGUCUACAGCAUCGCUGAGAAGUUGAGCAGCAUCGAGGAGCACGCCGUCGUCGACUGUGGGGCCAUCCCCGCUGAACUCGAGCCCAAGUGGGUUGACAUCACCUUCUUUCUGGACGAGAGGAGGGCUUUGUUGAGGUACUGUACUCCCGACAGGGAAGGGAUUGGUGGCAAGUUGAGAGGUACCGGCUUAGUCACGGAGCGUUACAUGGGGAGCGGGAGUGGAGGUUUAGUCUGGACUCAGGAGUGGAUUUCGUUUUGA